AUGUCUUCAAAAUUCUUCACUUGGGGUCACAAAGGAGACAAGAAGCCGUCGGCGUACGGCGUGGUCCCGAUACCUGCGGAGUGUAUAACCAUACAUGGAAUCGAGAACAAGGGAACGCACAAGAGUCGUCGAAAGCCAUUACCGUUGGAUCUUUAUCACACGCCAGAUCCAAGUGCGAUCGAGCGCAACAGAGCUGAUGACUCUAUCGCCUUCCAUGAUGCAGCUGUACAAUCCGCAACUAGCCUGCUUGCCGUGAUCAAUGACUGCCUCAAGAGCCCUCCGUUGAGCGCACACUUCCAACCGAGCCAACAACCACCCGGCCUGCAGCCAAUGUACGGCCGACCAAGAUCACGCACGGCACCGUCGACACCCAUGGCUGAAGCUCCGCCUGGAAGACAGAUGAGCCCCGUCGAGCUUCCUGGCUCGAUGCCGGUCGUAAAAAGGUCCCAUGCAUCGCACCAGUCCAUGGACAGCCGAGCCUUGCGGACUAUCAUGACGUCCCCGAACAACGCCUCUUCCCUCGGUCACUCCAUCGAAAGGCCUCAUAGCAGUCCACAAGAGACUACCUAUCAACUUCCGUCUUAUCCCAGGCAGUCUAGCGACAGUUUUGCGCGCAGCGUCACCAGUCUUCAACCUCCAACAGACCCCGUGCCACGCUCCAAAACGAGUAGCCCUCACAAACGAUCCCGAUCAACAAAGCCAAGCCUCUUCAACACAAGUGACGAUACGCUUGUUGGCUCUGAGAGCGAUGCUCCCCUACUUCCACCGAAAUGCCCAGCUUCUAGAGCAUUAUCCACACAUCCAAACGAACCACUUAAUGUUCAGUCAGCUGGAACAAUGCCACGACUGAGGAGCGCUCGCCCUGCGGGCUGGACACCGUCUUCUACGCUUACUGAGCCUGUGUACAAGCGAGACAAGCAACCAACGUGGGAUACUGAAGCAUUUCUAGUAGACCAAAUCUCAGCAAUGCGGGUUGCACACGAUGCUCACUUGAAAUCUCUCAAGGAAACCCAUGAGAAGGAGAUCGCUUCGCACCGCUCAUACGUGUCGUUCUUGGAGAGACGGCUCACGGUACAAAGUGUGUCCCAACAGGUUGUCAAGCAGCACUUGACUAUCGACACAUCGCAUCUUCCAAACAAGGAUCCCUCCUUACUCAGCUCCGAAGGCAGUGCCACAACUUCUAUGCAGUCAUUCGAAAUGACGCUCGAGGGUCAGAAGCGAGCGUCGACAGAAGCCAUGGCAGAGGCGCAAAAGCUGCGAAAAGAGCGAGAUCACUUCAAAGAAUCAGCCGAACGCCACGAGCGUAAAGUCACUCAGCUACGAGGAAUCACACGCAAGGCGACAGACAACGAAACUGCACUCAAGAAUGCCAUCUCGGGUCUCGAGGCGUCGUUGCAAGCUGCCAACAUUGAGCGUUUGGACGUGCUUGAGGGUUUCCAUGAGGCUUGCGAGCAGGUACGAGUACUUGGCAAGGCGCGUGAUGAGUUUCGGGACCGCCUGUAUUACGUCGACCCCAUUUGGAAAGAAACUGCUUCAGUUGAUGUCCACCUUAAAGAUCUUGGCCAGCUCGAGGAGCUCGUCCAGCGGCAUAAGUCACUAAGGCAAGAUGAACUGCUCCAGCAACUGGACGACGUCCGCCAGCAGCUUUCCGAACGAAGCCUGCAGAUACGAGCGCUAGAGCAGCAGCUCGCAGGCAGUCAGCCAGUGGACAGAACUCCUUUGAAAGGCACCGAUCACACCAACGAAAAAGAGUUGGAACGUUGCCGCCAGCAGCUCGCUGCCACAAAGGCUGACCGAGACCGUUACAACGACCUGCUGCAUACGGAGCUUCGACGUCAGUCUCGUCUUGCAGCUCAACGGACCAGAACAGUCACGCCGCAGCUGGAGACUGAAGCUCUCACCGCAAUGCGGGAGAGACUGAAGGCCUUAAAAGACACAUCUGAUGCGAGUGAUGCAAAUGUGGAAGAUCUACCAUCGUCGACACUGGAACGAGAGCUGGAGCAUUGCUUUCAGGAAAUCAUCAUGUACAAGCUGGACAUCAAGGGUUACAAGAAGGAUCUUAAAACGGUCAACGCUGAGCUUGAGAAGCUACGCGUUCCACCUGGACGAGACAGACCGUCGAAUGGUGCGAUGGUCUCGACACCACAAAGAAACGCAGCUCUUCCAAGUACGAGCGAAGUGGGAGCCGGCAGCACUCAUGACCCAUCACCUGGCCUAGGCAUAACAAUGCCGCCUCCUCUGACUACCCCCCAACGCAACACUGGCGCUGCGACAGCUCCAGCAUUUCUAUCAACAAACACAACACCACAGCAUCAGCCACAUGUACUAAGCCCUGCCCAUCGACCCAAAACCCCUUUGGGAGUCCACAAGAAACUCCCCAAACCUCCACCACAAUCCCGCACCCCAAGCCCCUACCUACCUUUCCCGCCUCCGCGGGCAGAAGUGCAACGACAAGAGACGCUGCGCUCGCUUUCCGAAAGCAUCAUCUCUUCGUACGCGAAACGUUCCACACCUGAGCAGAAAGGCCUGGAUACGACUCCACCUCCGAGGGGCAGGAGUUCGGAUCCGCCGAGGGUGAUGGGUAGGUCUGAGAAGAGUGAUGAGGGGAGUAAUGCGAAGGCUGUGCCGAUGGCGAAGUUUACGCCGAGAAUGUUGAGGACGCCUGUCAAGGGUGUUGGGGCGGGUGCUGUUUGA